AUUCUCCUCGAUAGACACAUACCUAUAAACGGUAUAAGCUGUCGUGAAAGAGGAGAUGCUGUAAAAAUAAGUCGGAAUGAAAACGGGGAAUGUUUUGCACUUAUUUUUAUUAAUUCUGUAAAUAUUCUGAAUCCAAGAAUUAUCAUGAAGGCAUAGUCGAAUAUUGGGGUGUUGAAUUUGAUAAUUAAGACACAAACCGAACAUGUUUACGAUAACAUUAAAGUUUUAAUAGCGAUCUCUAAAUGAAAAUCCAUAAUGGAGUGUUCAGAUAUUUUAGUAGACUUCGAACAAUUAGGUGUAUCUUUUUUAUGUGCGUAUAAUAGUUGAAUACAGUUGGGGUAUGCAAAAUUUAUUUGGUAAUCAUUUUUAACACCUUUGCCAUGCGCCAAUUGGCUUGGUCCAGAAAUGAAAAGCUGUUUUGAGGUGUGUGAAAUCUAGAGAUUUGACAAUGGUUUUAGAGCAGUUUUGAGGUAAUUUUAAUUGAUUUUUGCAUGCGCCAAUUGGCUUGGUCCAGAAAUGAAGAGCUAUUUUUGGGGUGUCUAAAAUCAAGGCAUUUUGUAGGUUUUUUAGAUAUUUUUCUUAUGUUUACUUUUAGAAAAACAACAAGUUUGUAGAAUUCUACCCUGUUUUUUCAUGUGUCCAAUUUUUGGUGGUCUACACAUAUUUGGAUACUUUUGGGGUGGAUAAAAAUUAAUGCAUUUUGAGUGGUCUUAGGCGUUUUUUAGUUGUUGACUUUUGGGAAAACAGUUAGAUUUGUAAGAUUCUACCUUGAUUUUUAAGACGCCAAAUGUUCUGGCCCAGAAGUAACAUUCUAUACUCUACUAAAAAACAAAUAAAUUUUUUUAGAUUUUUUUAAGUGACAUCGAUUUUUUUGUUUUUUUUUGGGGUUUUUGACUCAGUUUGGCAAUUUUUCGGUCUAGUUACCUUAAAGUUUCCAAAAUAAUUACGUGUUUGGAUUAAAAAUUUUGAUAUUUUAAAACUAAUUUGACAGAUGACACAAAAUCAAAUCAAAAACACUUAAACAAAAAUCAAAUUAUUUUUUUUAAUAAAUUUUUAAACAAAAUGAUAAGCACCUUUUUUAAAUAGCAAAGAUUUUUUGGUAAAUUAUUCGUUUUUAAUGUGCUAGAUAAAACAUUUUCGACCUAAUUCAGCAAUUUUUCGUUUUAUUUUCAUGUCUGGCGAAUUCAACCUGUCGAUAAUCCAAAUAAUUGGUAAUUCGAACGCUUUGAUUGCGUGAAGUAUUUCUAUGAUCCGAACUCUUGACCUCUGUAAUUCUAAACGUUCUCAGACAACAUAAUUGUAACACUUAAAACAAAACAAAUUAAAUAAUUAAACUUAAAAAAUAAUUCAAAUUUUGUUUCUUUUUGUUCAAAUUGUUCAGCAAUUUAACUGUUAAGUGUUUUAUGUUUCACUUUUUUUUAAACAAAUAAUGAAAAAACAAAAUUCUAUGAGUUCCUAUAAAUAAGUUCUGACCAAUAUUUUUUUCUUAUAAUUUUUUUUAGUACAGUUAAACUUCUGUGUGCUGAAUUGAGUAUGAGAAGAUCAAACAAAUGCGAAAAAGAUCACUUAGUUUAAGUUUUCCUUAUGAGAAAUUGAUAUAAAUUAUUAAUCACAGUAUGCUUUGCUAAUUUAUGAGUCAUUAAUUAAUCUAAUUUACUACAUACUUGUGUUUCCAAUUUUUUAACCUGGUUUGUCGAAUAAGGCAAGAAGUUCAGAAUAUGUUUCUAUUGAUAUUUUUUAUAGUCACAAUCGUGAACGGUGUACAAUUUUUCUCUUAUUUUAUUGAUUUUCUUAUUCUUCUUAACUAGUUUUAUUACCUACUUAUUCUAAUUAACUCAUAGAGUAAAUUUUAGCAAAAAAAUACAAAAUAAUAAGCAAUUUUUUUAACUCUUUGUGCGAUUUUUAUUAAAACUUUAGUCUAGAUUAUCUUCCUAAUCUGACUUGACUGCAAAAAAAAAUUAACAACUCCUUUUCACUUAAAAAAUAGUAAUUUUUGUAUUAAGUGCGCGAAAUGAGUGUUUUUUUAAUGGCGCCUGAGAAUGUUAUUUUAGUCGAGACCGCCAGGUCGAGACCUAAAAGACAUUCGAAGGCGCCAUUAAAACAUGAAUUUCGCCACGAAUUACAAACAACGUUUUUUCUACAGCCUCCAGAUGAAGAAAAAAGUAACAGAAAUUAGUUGGAACAAAAUGGUCUGAUAAAUCGAGUUGCUUGCAUGGUUACGAUGAUAAAUAAAAGUGAUAGUUGCGAAAAAUUUGUCACAAUAGGUAUUUUUGUUGAAGAAGUGUGAUGGAUUUUAGCAGCGAAAACGAAAUAGAUGCAAUUGCAAGCGCGGCAGUGUCGAAUCUUUUGCCUGCUAAAUCAAGACCGCAGUACGAAAAAACGUAUCUUCAGUUUCGGCAGUGGUGUUCUAUGAAAAAGAUUGAUCAAGUAACGGAAAAUGUUUUGUUGGCGUAUUUGGAAGAAAAGUCUACCACCUUAAAGCCACCAACACUCUGGGCCCUUUAUGCGAUGUUGAAAGCCACCUUAAACGUUAAAGAGAAUAUCGAUACACGUAAGUUUCCGAAGUUAGUGCCCUACCUGAAAAGCAAAAGCGUAGGUUACAGAAGCAAGAAGUCGCAAAUUUUAGACAAAGAAGACAUUAGCAAGUUUAUUAAUGAAGCAGAUGACAAGAUAUAUUUACUGAUGAAGACUGUGCUAAUUUUGGGUAUAUCGGGAGCCCUUCGACGUGAAGAAUUAGUUAAAAUGAAGCUAACUGACAUAGAAGAUAAACAGUCUGUCUUAAUUGUGAAGGUGCCUGAUACAAAAACCCACUGCGAACGAAUAUUUACUGUUUCAAAUUUAGAAAAUAUAGAAAUUGUCAGAAAAUAUAGAGCUUUGCGGCCUCCACGGGCGACUAGUGACCGUUUAUUUUUAAAGUAUACCAACGGAAAAUGUGUGAAUCAAAAUGUUGGAAUUAACAAAAUCGGAGAGAUACCAAGUUUGAUUGCAAAGUGGCUUAACAAAGACGAACCUAAAAAAUAUACUGGUCACUGCUUCAGAAGAAGCUCUGCCACUCUUUUGGCGAAUGCUGGAGGUGAUCUAAUUUCAAUUAAACGUCAUGGGGGCUGGAGAAGCAGCACAGUGGCAGAAAGUUACAUCGAGGACUCUUUGAAUAAUAAAAUUGAAAUUGCCAAUAAAAUUCAACCUUCUUCCUCCACAGAAGAAAACAAAAUCACUCAACCUUCUACAUCGGCUUCUUUUAAUGGCGAAAAUAACUUUCAUUUACAAGCGUCUUCACUCAGGCCUCUGGGGAUAAACGGGGGCACGUUUUCGUCAUGCACAUUUAAUUUUCAUAUGUCAAAGUAAAUAUCUAUUAUUAUUGUUUUGUAAUAUUGUUCUGUAUAAUUAUAAAACCUUUAAAACUA